GGGCGUAGCCAAGCGGCGCGCGGCGGCGUCAGAGGCGGUGGCGGCCGGGCUUGCCAGGCACCCACCAAGAUGGCGGCGUCGGUGGGGGGCGCCGGUGGCCCUCCGCGCUUUUCGCUCCUGGUGGUCUUCGGGACCGGGGGCGGCAGGCCCGGCCUGCGUAGGGCCGUGUUGGGGGCCGUCAGAGCCGGGAUUCGCUCAUGGGAUAUCGACCUGACCUCCUGCAACCUCGACCAACAGCUAAAACUCUUCGUAUCCCGUCAUUCGGCUACCUUCUCAGACAUUGUGAAAGGUCAGCGUGCCCUUCAUCAUCGUGGCGAUAUCCUGGAGACGUUAGUUCUGCUGAACCCUUCUGACAAGUCGAUCUGUGACGAGCUCCGCAACCUAAUUACCGAUUCUUCCCGCCACAAGUUGCUGAUUUUUGCUGGCCCCUGCGUGGAGGAGACCGGGGAGCUGGUGCUCCAGACGGGCACUUUUGCAUUGCGGGACUUCAUCCAGGUCUUUGCUGACAAAGCAGUUGGGGAGUUCCUAAGCUCAGCAGACCCGUCUGCUAAAACCAGCUUGACUGUGAUUUGUCCAGACUUUGGGGUAUGGAAGGAUUCCAGGCUGAGCGAGCACAACCUGUUGGAUUUCAUCGAUCUCCGGUUCAACCCUGGCUGCAUGCUGCCCGAGAUGGAGGGCUUACAGGAGUUCGUCGAAUAUCUUUCCGAGUCCCUCGAUCCCCCGUCCCCUUUCGACCUCCUGGAGCCUCCCAGCACUGUUGGCUUCCUGAAGCUCUCCAAGCCUUGCUGCUAUAUCUUUCCUGGAGGGAGAGGGGACUCCGCCUUCUUUGCCGUGAACGGAUUCAACAUAUUGGUGAACGGGGGCUCCAAUCCCAGGUCCUCCUUCUGGAAGCUGGUUCGUCACUUGGACCGCAUCGACUCCAUCUUGGUGACCCACAUUGGGACGGAUAGUUUGCCUGGGGUGAACAGUUUGCUGCAGAGGAAACUCGCUGAAAUGGAGGAGGAUCCAUCUACGCAUGGCUCCCAGAACGACGACUGGGUGAAGAACCUCAUCUCACCAGAGUUGGGUGUCGUGUUCCUCAAUGCCUCAGAGAAGCUGAAGACCAUAGAAGGAGACUCGGGCAUCCUAAAGAGCUGUGAUGAGGGCAGUUUGGCCCUGCAAUACCUAGACAAGCUGGGCAUUAAGAUGAGCCCUCUCUACCGAGAUGUUGGCGCCAAGGCGGAACCCACCAUCCUUUUCCAGAAGAUGGGUGUGGGGCGACUGGACAUGUAUGUCCUUAACCCAGUGAAGGGCAGUAAGGAACUGGAGUUCUUGAUGCAGCAGUGGUGUGGGAAUGGUUACCCCAAAGGGCUGGAGCUUCCCUUGCAGUCCUUGACAUCUGUUUGUGCCCUUCUGGUUUGGCACCCUGUGAACCCCACCGAGAAGAUUGUCCGGGUCUUGUUCCCUGGUUGCACGCCCCCCAGCAAGAUCCUGGAAGGACUGGAGAAAGUCAAACACUUGGAGUUUCUCAAGCAUCCAGUGGUUACUCAGAAGGACCUGGAGUCUUUCUCCUCUUCUCCUCAGCUCAAGCAGAAGCGGACAGAGAGCCAAGAGAGUCUCAGGUCUGGUUCUAGGCUGAGCCUCACCGAGUCAAGCUUGCCAGUCUCCAAGGAGAAGAGGGAACUGAAGCCAGUCAAUGUCCGAGAUCGACCAAAAGCGCCCAGUGAGACGUCGAAAGGUAGCAUGGAGGAAGAGAGAACCAAAGAGGCCCGAUCCAAGUUGGCCUCUUCAACAGAAAGGCUCAAACAAGACGUGAGGCCUAAACUGCUGAAGGAGAGGCAGAUACCUAAGAGGGAUGUGAAGAAGGAAGAGAAGAAGCCGGCAGCAAAGGAAGAGCAAGGCCAAAACAAGGAUGUAACCAAAAAGGAGUCAAAGGUUCUGAAGAAAGAGGGGAAGGUAGAUCCUCCCAGAAGAGAAAUAAAGAGAGAGGAGAUCAAGAAAGAUGGCAAGAUGGAGGAGAAACUGACUAAGCAGCCAAUUCGGAAACUCCCUUCUGCGGAGGUCAGAAGGCCCCAGUCCAAGAUGGGUAGUGUCAGGAAGUCUAUUCCCACCCUCAGAAAGGACGUGGAAAAGACAAAGACAAAGCUCUCCAAGGAGACCGCCAGCACCCAAAAGACGUCAGGAGGUGCCAACGGAGGUCGCUCAGAUGUGUCCAAAUCUUCUUCUGAGAAUGGGAUCCAGGAUAUUGAGAGGCCAAGAGGGAGCUCUCGGCAGGGGCCGUUGGGAGCAGAAUCCACCGAUGAAGGCAUCACCACGGCAGAGAGUGAGUUGGAACCUUCGCCCCUGGAUGGCCUGGGUUGCCAUGAAAAUGGCCCAGAGAGUGCUGAGAAUGGCCUGGGUGUCUGGGUAGACCCAGAGAGCCCCCAGCCUUUCCGGCACCUGGAAGCCAUUUCCCCUCUGAGAGGCAUUGGCCCACCGUCCCCGUUAGCAAAGACUCCCAAGAGUGAUCGGAGCGUCAACUUUGAGCUGACUCCCACAGAUAUCCUGCAAGGCCUCAACCACUGUCCAGAGGCCGAGGAAGCCUGCGGCAGCUCCGAGGAGAAGACCCUUGAAAUGAUGUCCCCCUCCAGCUCCGCCCCUGCUAGCGCUGGCCACACCCCCUUCCACCAGUCCCCGGUCGAAGAUGCAAUCAUGGCUGAGGAGCCAAUGUCCAUUACCAAUCCCUGGAGGCCCGACAGUUCUGUCUCCGGCUCUCGGGCCUCGUGUGAGAACUCCAGUUCGUCACAGGAAAGGCCUUCGGGAUGCCUGUCCCCCAGCCUCUUCCGUGACGACGUUGCCGACGUGUCCCCUACCAUUACCACUCCUUCCCUCCCAGCCGAAGUGGGAUCCCCUCAUUCUACCGAGGUAGACGAGUCUCUCUCCAUCUCCUUUGAACAAGUUCUGCCCCCCGUCUGUGAAUUCCCUCAAGAAGAAGUGGGGAACCUCCGUGCAGGGGGGCUCACCCCGGAACCAGAAGGCCCGUUGGGCAAAGGUGGGCUGAGCUUGCCUGUCCGACCUUGUCACCACCACCACCACCACCACCAUUCCACCGUGCAGCGAUUGGAUGGCCACGUCCUGCCUCGCUCAGGCCACCGUUCAGACUCCCCUCACGAUGUGGACCUCUGCCUUGUGUCUCCGUGUGAGUUUGAGCACCCCAAGUCUGAAAGGUCCCCGUCUGUCAACUUCAGUCCCCGGGACAUGUCAAACAGCAGCGACUUCUCCCAAGAGUUGACCAAACCCCAGGCUCACAGGAAAGGCCCGAGGGGGCGCAGGCCGCACACUAUUAUGGACGAGACCCCGCCUACUUCGUUCAGCGAGUCGCUGCCCACCCUUUCAGACUCUGACAUCCCCCCAGCCACUGAGGAGUGUCCUUCCAUUACCGCUGAUGGCUGUUUGGACUCGGACGAAGAACCCGACAGCCUGGCGCCGACCUGUGACCCGCUCCCUGCCCCGCUGAAAGACCCUUGCCCCUUGCCUGCCCAGCCAGGCAUCUGCAUGGUGGACCCAGAGAAAGACGGGCCCGCCAAGGCCAAGAGGACCACUCCACGGGUGAGCUCUGCACCCCCAAAAGUAGAGGGCCCAACAGCUUUGACCACAAGCAGCAAGACCAAACCUGCUUCUGCCAGCUCAGCAGAAAAAGCCCGGCUGCCCACUCCUAAGAAAAAUGAGCCCUCGGCAACCCGAGCUGGUGGGGACACACGAACGCCCCUCACCUCUCGCAAGACUUUAUCAGGAGCUGGCAGGCAGUCUCUAGCAGGCACCAAGUUUGCCCCACAAUGUCCUCCAGUUUACCUCGAGCUGGCCUACAUCCCUGGUGCUGCCAGCGCCCAGAAAGUGGACGAGGACUUCUUCCGGCGCGUCCGUUCCCAGUGCUAUGUCAUCAGCGGCGAGGACCACAUCAAAGAAGGCAUCAUGAGGGGCAUUCUGGAUGCGCUGCUGUCCGGGAAGCAGCACUGGGCAAGUGACUCCCAGGUGACCUUGAUCCCGACCUUCGACUCGCAGGCCAUGCAUGAAUGGUACUUGGAGACACUGGAGCGCCAGCAGGAGCUGGGGGUCACCGUCCUGGGCAGCACCAGCACAGUGGCCAUGCAGGACGAGAGCUUCCCGGCAUGCAAGGUGGAGUUCUGAAGGGCCGGUGGGCUGCAUCUGGUUCGGAGCCGUGAGGUGCUUUGAACGCAGGGGCCUGCGGCCACCGUCAACUGUGUGAGGUCCUCUCCUUUGCCCACUGGCAGCUGGCGCUGGCCACAGGAAAGGAGACUUUUCUGCCUUCUGGGUUAUGCAGAAGAAGGCUGGAAACUUUUUUGGGGACUUCUUGUAGUCCCCACAGCAAAUAGCAUCCACUGUCUGUUUUAUUUGUUGCAUGUCCACCGCCAGAGCCUUGAGCCCUGGUUAAGCACAUGGAAGGAAGUUGGUGGAGUUGGGGAGAGGGAAAAGGGGGCGUCUUUGCAUUCAGGAGGCUGCAACUGGGAUACGCAGUCUCCCUGCCUCAGCCGGCAUCCCCAUCGGAGGGGGGGCCACACUUUUUUCUUUUGCCCCCCUUCUACCCGACCCUUGGCAGCGUGGCUGGAGCCGGGAUCGGCGGGCCAGGCUUUGUUACAGUGACCGCUUCGGCUUGGCCCACACUCCGGCUCCGAACAUCCUGCGAGGCAGGCAGCCUCACCCUCUGCAGUGGGGAGACGCGUGUUGCCUGUGGCACGUGGUGAGGGGUGGGAGCGAUACUGGGAUGGCCGCUUGGCCGUCUCCACGGAAACAGGGUUUCAAAGGCCUUGAGGGUCGCCCGUAGCUGCUCUCUCUUCAGCCAAGUUCCCCUCAAGCCCUUCCCAGUGGUGGGGCGGAGUGGAGUUGUUUCCCCAGACAGGUUUGGGGUGUGGGUUGCCAUAUCACGAGUGAUUCCCUUUCUUUUACUGCAGAGGCAAGAGGACUACUAUUUCUGAAAGCUUUUUCUUCCCUUUUCCCGGCCUUCCCAGCAAGAAGCUGCCCCUUUCUCCAUCCAGGGCCUGGUCCUUUAAUGAUGGACCAGAAGCACCAUUGCUGUCUCCUGUCCAGACACCUUCCCCUCCACACACCCCCCCCCCAUGUUUUCUCCAGUGGACAAGUUUGGAUGACACUGCCCCCAUUCCGUCCUUUCCAACUCCAGAGCAAGGCCAAACGUAGGCCCAUACAAAAUGGGGUGGGGGGGACUGCAUGUAAGCUUGUCUUUCAUUCGCCCAAACUCUGAUUUGGGGGGGUGGGGGAUGACACCCAAGCAAGGGUCACAGCUGUGUGUCUGCCUGCCUGACUUAGCUUCCCACCCAGGAGGGAGCAAGUGUCAGCAGUUGGCAUAUUGUGCUGCAGCUUUGAAGCUCUUUGUGUCGGGAAUUUGUGGUAUGUUUCUCUCCAAACCUUUCCCCCCUCCCCGAUUUCAACACACACUCCAGACUUCUACCUCUCAUGUUUGAAAACUCACUGUUCGUGGAAGUGUGCUCAUCUUGGUGUUUCAUCCUCGAAGAUGACUCCAUGAAACAUGGAGCUAGCCAAGCCCCCCCCUCUUGUCUUGUCUUCUCUUUGCAGCCCGUUUCUCUCCCCCCCCCCCCAUUUUCCUUUUUAUUCUUCCCUUCCCACUUCAACGUUUGAAGGAAUGUUUAGGGCCAGCUGCAUCCCCGACCCUGCAAUGUGACACUAAACCUCAUUUUCUAAGGACAGAAAAAAAGAUUGUUGUGUUUUUUUUCUCUCUCUCUUAAAUGUCUAUUUUGUAUUUUUUCUAAAAAAUAAAAGAAAAAGAUAAGAAACCAAAACGGUUAAUUUAGGGAAGAUUUUAUUUAUCGCCUCAGCGCUGCGAGGUGUCUGCCUGUCCCGCUUGGGCAAGGUGGCUGGGGAAUGGGGGUUACGCUCCCCUUUCCACCUGCCCAACUGUACCCUCAUGUAGCCUAUUCGGGGUCCAUGUUUCAAUAUUUGUGUGACGUGUGUUUUUAGAAAACCAGUUUGGGGGCCAUGUGGGGCUGAGGGAGACAACAUUGAGAGGGUUUUCCGUGUCCUGCAGAUCUGGAACCCAAAAUUGGGAAAGCACCUGAGUAGGGGCAGAAGAGGUAACGAAAGUCCCUUUCUCCAUUCUCCCUCCCUCCCCAUCCCCAAAACGUAGGGAGGGGGGGAAAAAAAGGUUGCGAUUGUUGUAUCAGUGCACUGAAGAAAGACACCAUGCUGUUGCGAGUAUGUACACACAUGCACACACACUCUGCACAUUCUCGUAAACUCUUUACUGUGUUGAAUCCUUUUCCGGGGGGACACCCCUCAUUAAAGAGUUAAAUAGUUCAAGCA